AUGGCCUCGUGCAUCCCUGGAGCUGAAUCAAAAGAGUGCUCAGACUGCAUAACUGAAGCGGUUACGAAGAUGAUACAAAACUGUCCUAACCAAACAGAGGCGUUCUCAUGGCCAGGCACCAAAACUCUCUGCAUGGUCCGCUAUGCGAACAGUUCCUUCUACGGAUCGAUGGAUCUUGAGCCGAACUCAUUAAGGUACAACACCGGGAACAUCACCAUUAACAUGUCGGAGUUCGAAAGAAUUUGGGAUGCGUUUAUGAUUCGUAUGAUAGAUUCGGCUUCAUCGGGACGCAGUGGAGCUUCAUCGUCUUCUAGUGGUAAGUACUAUGCAGCGGAUAUCACGUCGUUGACGACGUUUCAGCGAGUUUACGCUUUGAUGGAGUGUACUCCGGAUUUGUCUCCGGGGAACUGUGAGGCUUGUCUCCGAGCAAAUGUUAGGAGGUAUCAAGAUUGUUGCCGUGGGAAUCAAGGCGGCGUUGCUAGGCGGCCGAGCUGUUUUUUCCGGUGGGAUCUUUAUCCGUUCUUGGGAGCUUUUGAUAAUAUUAUCUCCGGAGCACCUCCGCUGCAACCUUUGACCGGCGACGGAGACGGUGCGGCAAAGAAAGAUGGAGAUUCCCUUUCAGUGGGAGCUAUCGUUGGAAUUGUGGUUGCGAGUGUCAUUGCCAUCGUCUUGGUGCUGCUCGCUCUUGCGUUUGCUUUUUACCGGAGGAGAAAAUCGUCCCGAGAAGUUGAUUUUCAAACUGGUUAUGAUAUCUCAAAUACAGAUUCAUUACAAUUCGAUUUCAAGACUAUUGAAGCUGCAACAGAUAAGUUUUCGAGGAGUAACAUGCUAGGUCAAGGUGGAUUCGGUGAAGUGUUCAAGGGUAUACUUCCAAACGGAACUGAAGUUGCUGUGAAGAGACUGUCCAAAACAUCAGGACAAUGUGCACUACUAGAGUUCAAGAACGAGGUUCUUGUUGUUGCAAAGCUUCAGCAUAGAAAUCUUGUUAGGCUUCUUGGGUUUUGUUUGGAGUCGGAAGAAAAGAUUCUCGUCUACGAGUUUGUUCCUAACAAAAGCCUUGAUCAUCUACUUUUUGACCCUGAAAAGCAAGAUGCAGAUAUGAACCCGAAAAUUACGGAUUUUGGCAAGGCCAGGAUUAUUAGCGUUGGCCAAACCAUUGAAAAUACAAGAAUAAUAGUUGGAACAUGCGGUUAUAUGUCUCCCGAGUAUGCAAUGCAUGGCCAGUUCUCCACCAAAUCUGAUGUAUAUAGCUUUGGAGUCUUAGUUCUGGAGAUUAUUAAUGGCAAGAGGAAUAGUAGUUUCCUCGAAACAGAGAGUAAUAGUAGCAACUUGGUAACAUAUGCAUGGAGACUUUGGAGAAAUGGCUCACCAUUAGAACUUGUGGAUCCAACUGUUAGAAAGAGUUGUGACAGCAGUGAAGUUACCAGAUGCAUCCAUAUCGCAUUGUUAUGUGUUCAAGAAAAUCCUAUUGAUCGUCCAACUUUGUCGACAAUCAUCUUGAUGCUCACUAGUAACACAGUUACCUUACCUGUGCCUCACCAACCUGGAUUUUUUUUCAAAAGCACACGUGAUCAAGACUUAUCAGCUGAAGAUUUGGAGUCAGGUCAAUCUACUGGAAAAUUUGUCCCUCUCUCUAUCAAUGAUGAAACCAUUAGUGAGUUAAAUCCUCGUUGAAGAUCAAUCUUGAUGUCCUUUUAAUACUUCUGAAGUCCUUUUUCCGGUGCUAGGACUUGAAUCUCCCUGCGUUUUCUUUCUCAGAUUAGACCUCCAUCUCCCUUUUAUUCUGUGUGAUUGUAAAUUUGUAAUCAAGUUUUGUAAUUUGAAUUUUGGAAGUUUUUAGUUAAUGAUUAAGGGUACUCCAACUUAUUUACGGUAAAACGAUGUCCAUACACUAUGUUUUUCAGCCCUAAUGGUACUUAAACUCAGCUACAGAAUCAACGGUGUGUCCGUUACCCCAUUUUCA